CCGUGUGCACGUACGUGUGCGCGCGUGUGUACAGGUAGCUUAGCUGAGGUUUAUUCGUACGGUUCUCUCGUUCUUGUGUGCAGAGUUCAGUGGUUUUUCAGCACAUUUGGAGCUGUGUGACCAUCAGCGGUCACCUUUGGAACAUGGAAUAUCCCCAGAGCAGCCCCAUCCCAUCAGCCAUCCCCCUCCCCCCCAAUCCCUGGCCCCCGUGAGCCACCUUCCUGUCCGUGGACGAGCCUGGUCUGGACGUGUCGCAUGCGUGGACUCACACUCCAUGUCGCCUCCUGUGUCUGGUUCCCUCCCUGAGCACUGUGGGCUCGGGGUCCAUCCCUAGAGCAGUGCAUGGGGGCCUCGCUUCUCGUGGCGGCUGGGGACACUCAUGGUUCUGCUUGUCUUCCUCAGCUAGUGGACAUUUGUGUCCUUUCCAUCUCUGGCUCUUGUGAAGGUCCCACCGUGGAAGUCCACAUGAGACCUUUAGUGGACCUGUGUGUUCCUUCUCCCUUGGACAUCCCUCCCCUCCUUGGUUUCCGGGUGGAGUUAGACUGACAAGGGGCAGACGAUCGAGAGAGAAGUAAGCGCAGUUGAGGGACGCACGUAGCACACGUCCUGCAGGAGCAGCACAGGGCGUCACCCGGGGGUGGGCAGGGCUCGGGCUCCUGUGGCCAUCUCUACAGAAGCGCAGCCCCCGUGGACCGAGUGUCAUGACGCAGAAGGACUCGGAGUCUGUCUGGGCCCCAGGUCAUGGGAAGCCGGAUACGCGGGAGCUGGUGGAAGGCCAGGCUGGUCAGUCAGAUGUGUCUGUGCAGGCCUCCUCACUGGAAAGGCAGAGCCCCGGUGUGGCCUCCUGCCUCGCUCACAGCCUGUGCCCCGGGGAGCCCAGCCUGCAGACAGCAGCAGUGGUGUCCAUGGGCUCUGCGGACCAUCAGUUCAACCUCGUGGAGAUCCUGUCCCAGAACUACGGCCUCCAGGAGCCGUGCGAGCCGGCUGCGGGAGACCCAGAGAAGCCUGAGGGGGAGCUGGAGAAGGACUUCAUCGCCCAGAGCAGUGACAUGCCCCUGGAUGAGCUGCUCGCCCUCUACGGCUACGAGGCCUCAGACCCCGUCUCAGAGCGGGAGAGCGAGGGCAGCGACACCGCCGCCAACCUCCCAGACAUGACUCUGGAUAAGGAACAGAUAGCGAAGGAUUUGCUUUCGGGGGAAGAAGAGGAAGAGACACAGUCAUCAGCUGAUGACCUGACCCCGUCUGUGACCUCCCAUGAGGCCUCCGACCUUUUUCCCAGCCAGAGUGGAUCCUGCUUCCUGGCCAGUGCAGACGAAGAGCGUGGAUCCCCCACGUCGUCCGACACGGAGGAGGACCCCCUUCCUGCCAACAAAUGUAAGAAGGAGAUCAUGGUUGGGCCUCAGUUCCAAGCCGAGCUCAGCAGCCUGCAGUUGGACCGCCAUGGUGAGAAGUUCUAUGAGAAUGAUGACCAGCUUCUCUGGGACCCCAACGUCCUUCCUGAGAGGGAGGUGGAGGAGUUCCUGUACCGGGCGGUGAAACGGAGGUGGCACGAGAUGGCGGGGUCGCAGCUUCCAGAGGGAGAAGCUGUGAAGGACAGUGAGCAGGCGCUCUAUGAGCUGGUGAAAUGCAAUUUCAACGCAGAGGAGGCCCUGCGGAGAUUGCGGUUCAACGUGAAGGUGAUCCGAGAUGGGUUCUGUGCUUGGAGCGAGGAGGAGUGCAGGAACUUCGAGCACGGCUUCCGAGUGCACGGGAAGAACUUCCACCUGAUCCAGGCCAACAAGGUGCGCACACGGUCUGUGGGGGAGUGUGUGGAGUACUACUACCUGUGGAAGAAGUCGGAGCGCUACGACUACUUCUCCCAGCAGACGCGGCUGGGCCGGAGGAAAUACGGCCCGUCGGGAGCCACGGAUGCAGAGCAGGACCUGGACAGCAGUGACCCUGAUGGCACUGGCCGCCCCCGCUCCUCGCCACCCCUGCCCCCUGCAGCUGACGGCCUGGGCUCUGAGCAGGACCCCUUGGCACGGAUGCACACAGAGCUGCUCAGUGUGGCCAGCGUGGCCAGCAGCGUCGGUGAGCCCGGGGAGAGUUCCGACAGCCUCCUGCCCUCGGAUCCGGGGCCUUGUCCGUUCCAGCAGCUGGAUGUGCCCCCAGCCGCGCCCCUGCCCAGGCGGCCCCCAGGCCUGGUGGAGCCGGCCUUCUACCCCCCGGCCACGGCACCCCCGGAGCCCGGCAGCAGCCCGAGACUGGCUGUGGACUUGGCCCUGCCUGGGGCCCUCCCCGAGGAGCUGCCCCUCAUCGCCAGCCGCGUGGGUGUGAGCGGAGAGGCCGAGGAGGUCGUCGCUCCCGCCCAGGUGGCCUUGUCUGUCACCGAGCUUGGACUCAUCGGCAUCGGGGACGUGACCCCCUUCCUGGCCGCCCGCCCGGCGUGCCCAGGCCCCGGGCUGCACUCGGAGCCCCUGUCACACUGUAACGUGAUGACCUGUUGAUCCCUGGCCGCAGGCGGGCGUGCGUGGCCCGGACUGGACGUGCGGCCGCCGCGGGGCCUGCCUCCGCCAGUCUUCCCGACCCUUCCCCUCCUCGUGGGCCUCGGGUAGCGCCUCCUCUGCUCCAGAACGCAGCAAGGACAUGGCGCGCGGCGGCCGGGCCUGCCCUGCCCUCACACACAGCCUGGCGCCCUCGGUGCCCGGCCCCACUGCCGUGCUGUCCAGGCGCAGUACCCGGUGGGUGGCCAGAGGUGGAGGGCCCGGCCCCGUGUAGCCAGCAGAGGUGAGGACGGUGUCCCUGCUCCCUCGGGGAGGUGGGGAGAUGGGGCAGGGUGCUGCCCCCACCAGCAGCCUCCGCCCGGGCGCCCUCAGCACUCCGCUUGGCUCCAUCUCCCUGCCCCUGGUGGGGUCAUGGGCUGCCCCAGCCCGGGGGUUGUGGGUGGCUGCUACUCGGUGCCAAACCCCGUGGGGCACAGAGCCAUAUACCUCGACGUCGGCCGCGCCCGCCCUCGACCUCCACCCUGCUCUCCACUUCAGGAAACGCCGCACUUUACGCCCCGCCCCCCCGCCUCCGCC